AUCAGUAGCAACCAAUACACAAUAGCGAUCGAUCGAGCUUGAAGCAGUUCAGAGAAUAUUUUGGUUGGGAUUUGAAAAUGCCGUACGAUUGGACUAUGAGUGAACCAUUGGAUGAAAAGGAAUUGGAAAUUGAAACAGAACCCUCUGAAGUGACUCAUGUCAAUGAAAAAUGUUGCAAAUUUGAUAAUCAAAUUAAUUUGAUUAGUGAAGCAUAUCACUUGGUAUAUGGAGGUCCAAAGAAUUUGUUAGAUGAAUCUUGUAAUCUAACUGAAAUUGAGACCCCUAUGCAAAACAGUGUGCUACAUAUUGCAGCUUGGAAUGGCAAUGAUGAGAUUGUUACUCUUUUAAUUGAACGUGCUCCAAAACUUUUGUUCAAAUUGAACAAAAACAAGGAUAGUGUAUUACAUGUUGCUGCAAGAAAUGGACGCAUCUCAACCAUUAAAAAGCUAUUUGAAGGUUAUACUAAUUUUGAACGGCAUGAUAUAAAAAUAGCAUGGUUUAAUUACAAUCAAAAUGAAAGUUUGGAAGAUGCUUAUGAUGACAAGUCCAACAUGAAGGAUCUAUUAAAAUUUGUGAAACUAGAGAAUGGUGAAGGCAACACUAUGUUUCAUGAGAUAAUGUUUUGUGACAAGAGAAAUAUUGUUGGGAAUAUGAUUUUCAAAGUUUGUGAAGAAUAUAAAACUGAAGAUUGCUCUGGGAAAUCAUUGUCAAAUAGUUGUUAUGAAUAUGUGACAGAUAUUGUUAAUCAUGAAAAGAAAACAGUACUUUAUCUUGCAGUCGAAAAUGGAAACACAGAUGUUGUUGAAGUAAUAUUAGAAAAGUGUGGAAGGAAUGAUAAUACGAGAAUGGGAUUAUCACCUUUGAUAGCAGCAAUAAUGAUUCAUAAUCAAGAAAUAUUGAGGAUGAUAAUAAAAAACAAGCCAACUUGGAUCCAUUCAAUGGAUAAACAUGAUAGGUUUCCUCUUCAUUAUGCUGCAUCUAUAGGUUACCUUGACGGUGUUGAUUUAUUACUUGGAUUAUGUAAAUGUUGCACAAUUCAAAGAGAUAAAUAUGGCUAUUUUCCAAUUCAUCUAGCAUCUUACGGAGACCAUGUGGAAGUAGUAAACAAGUUGUUACAAUAUUGUCCAGAUCCAACAGAGAUGCUUGACACUUCACAUGAGCGUAAUAUUCUUCACAUUGCAGCAAAGCAUGGAAAAUAUGAGGUAGUACGCUACAUAUUAGAAAGUGAAAUUCCUCAACAUCAUAAGCUAAUAAAUCAAAAAGAUAAAAAUGGAGAUACCGCUUUGCAUUUGGCCGCAAGAUCAUUGCAUCCCACAAUUGUAUACUACUUAGUUAACCAAAAUAACAAAAGGGUGGAUCUUGAUUUGGUUAACAAAAACAAUGAAACGGCUCUUGACAUUGUUAGUUCACAUUACGAGCUUGAUAAAUCAUCUUUGAGACAGCAUCUUUCAUGGACCGCACUCAAAUCUGCGGGAGCAAAGCAAAGUUCAAGGAAAGGUAGACCCACUAUUGAAUCUAAACAAAGAAAGAAUGAUGAAAGUAAAGACAAAAACUUAAACCAUGUUAAAGAAAACCAACAAAGUGAGAAAGAGAGUAAAGAAAAAGAAAAAGCUUCAGAAAUAUAUAAGGACAGAUUAGAAAACCUCACAAUUGUUUCAACCCUUAUAGUCACAACAUCAGUAGCAGCAUGUUUAGCCGUUCCAGGUGAAGCAGAAGGAGAAGCGCAUAACUUAAAACAUGCAAUGUUUCAGUUUUUUAUCAUCUUCAUCACAAUAUCAUUGUUCAGUUCUAUUAGUGCUACAGUCAUACUCUUUUGGGCAACAUUUGGAUUAAAUGAAUUGGUGACUUUCACUCUCAAGAUUGUGAUGCCACUUCUUGGAAUCGCUCUCAUUUCAUUAUCUUUGGCUUUCAUGGCUGGUCUAUACACUGUCAUCAGUAAACUUUAUUGGUUAGCCAAUGUGUUUUUGGUUAUGACAGUGAUAUUUAUUAUCAUUGUCGUUUUUCUAUACAUACUCCUUUUCCUUCCAUCAUCAUCAACUAUAAAGCCUUUGCGAUACAUUUCACACUACCCUUUUGUUUUUUUAGCCUCGCGUACUAAGAGUAAAAAUCAUCAAGACAUUAAUCCUUGGGGGUAGUAUAGGUUAAUAUUGAUGUGAAUUGUGGCUACUGGGGUUUCAUCAUCUCACUUUUUUUUAAUUAUCCCCACUUUGUAAUAUGUGUGUAUCUCUUGGCAAAUAUGUAUGUUUCUCUUGUGUUACCAAUAAAUGCCAACAAAUAUUUAUUCAUAACAA